UAACGUAGGCUUUCGUGCCCGGGUCCGUUCAUCUCGGUUUUCUCUUCCUUGUAAAGAACGAUAGAGGUUGAGCCGCCUACGUAAGAAGCUGAGUGCUCCAUCUAUCCAUGCAUACCUGGUCAACUUGAGUAGCUCCUAGUUUCAGCUCCUCUCUGUUAUCUCGUCUGGUCCUUCUGUUCGGGUCAUUAUUCUCAACUGUCAACAUUGAAGUCAACAUGGUCGUCCUCUUCGUUCUCAUCAGCGGGACUUUAUGUCUUUUCGUCCUGUCCCUUCUCAGGCCGCUUGUUGAGGAAGUUCGCAAGGGAAAUCUUUCGACUCUAGGGAAGCGAAUCCAACAUCGCUUUGUGAGACGCAUCAACGGUUUGCGGUAUCUGCUUGCCGGACCUCAUAUAAUCGACCAUGAAUAUUCUAGAGCCGGUGGGAAACCGUUCACAAUCCCGACGCCCUCGAAUGAUCACCUCAUGAUCACCUCGACCGAGCUCAUCAAAGAGCUCAUGUCUGCUCCUCAUCAGACUCUCUCACUGCAUGCCGUCGCCAAGGAGAUGCUGCAACCCAAGUUUACAAUGUACGGCUUCGAGUGGCAGGACCAGCGAGGUGUCGAGGGAACCGGGUUUGUCCGCGCUCUUCGGAGUUUGUUGACGUCUCAUCUCCCGCAGUUCCAGCCUGAUCUGGAUCGCAUUAUCAGGCUGGCUCUUGAGGACGAGCUCAAAACAACGGGUUCGGACGGCUUCGCACGCGCCCAGCUGUUCCCCAUGAUCAAACGCAUUGUCACCAGAGUGAACUGUUUUGUGUUUUUUGGAGAGGAACUCAGCAACAAUGGCGAGUUCACCGAAGCUGCUUUGGAGCUCCCCCAGACCAUCAUUCAGACAGCGGAGCUUCUACGCGUUUCACCAGCGUUUCUACGGCCCCUCGUAACUGCGAUAGCAACCCGCAGACACCGGGCCUCGAGAAUCCUCUUCCGGUAUUUAGAGCCCGUUGUCAAGGAACGCCUUGCCAAGAGAUGUGCCGCAGACCAGCAUGCGGCGAAGCAAGACGUGCCGGCUGACUGCAUGCAGUGGCUGAUCGACACAUCGCCGCGAAAAGACCCGUGGUCGCCCUCUCGAAUGAUUGGAGAGAUCAUGGCGAUAUGGUUCAGCUCUGUUCACCAACUUGCUAUGACUGCCACUUUCGUGGUGGAGGAUCUCUGUCUUCAUAGGGAAUACAUGGAGCCCCUGAGACAGGAGGUUGAAAGCUUUGCGCCGGAGGGGUCGGUGCAUACCGCCAGGCUCGACGUGUCGAAAUUGACCCUGCUCGACAGCUUCGUGAAGGAGUCGAUACGCUGCUCCAACGCUGAUGCUAUCAGCUGCAGACGAAAAGCACUUCAGACCUACGUCUUCCGAGACGGGUCGAGGGUGGAAAAGGACGAUUGGGUAUGCAUACCACAGCGCGCCAUGAUGCGGGACGCGCAAAGAUACUCGGAUCCCGACAAGUUCGAUGGAUUUCGGUUUGCGAACGCCAACGGCCUACUCCGUCUGGGCCAAACGACGGACAAAGUCCCGGACAAAGAUCCCUCCACCAUCACGACGGCGACGGUAGAAUGGCCCAUUUGGGGGCUAGGGAACACAGCAUGUCCCGGACGAUUCUACGCGUCUCUUGUAAUGAAGUUGUUGGUAACACAAAUCCUGACGGAAUGGGAGUGUGAGACGCCUGAUACGACGCAGAGACAUAUGAUUUGGAGGUCUAGCAUAGUGCCGCGCGAAGGAACCGUGGGGCUGUUCCGCAAGAGAGCUUCAAGCCAAUGAGACAUAGAAUAGCGCUUUUUUUUCCCUUGACCAACUGCUAGAUUUAGCUAUGCUCCAGUGACCUCAACUGUGCUUGGAUGGUGACACGGUGACCCCAGCCGCAGACGGUGCCAUCUUUAAGCGCGUGGGAGACUCGGACACUCCAAAGGUCCGCGAAGGAUCGGAGGUCGAUGCUGUAGCCUCAAGCGUACAGGGGCGGCUUAUCUGAUUUACCCCGAAGAAAUAAAGCAAAGAGAAAAUGGAAAAAUG